UUAAAACGGUCAACAGCAGACUUCAUGUGUCUGUAUCCCACACGGAGGUUUCACAACAACUGGAAUGGAGGCUGGCAGGGCGAAUGCAGAACCACUGCUUUGUGUGAUACUACCAAGAUAAAGAAAGAAGAAAACUGGAGUGCCAGCCUUUGUUUUGUUGGAGAGGAUUGAUGUUAGUUCCUUGAUCAGGUGAAUGCAAACAAGAGAAGAGUAAGGAAGAGUAGCAUGUUGCAGUUUAACAUGCAGCGACAGUUUCCUUUCCUAAAACAUAAAGGAAGAGAAAGGGAAGAAUCAAACGUCCUCCCACAGCAAGGCAAGGGGAAAGAUAAUGAAGGCAUAAAUGCAGACAAGCAGAGUGGCUUUUCCGCUACAGCUUCAUUGAACUUCCAACCCCUGCUGCUUCUAGGACCUGAGGGGAAUUACAACUACUACGUGGAAGAUGAAGAUGAGGAAGAGGAAGAGAAAGAACAAGGAAAAUGGCCAACUGGAGACACAAUUGAGGGAGAAAACAAGACCUCCUCAUCCAUUACUUGCUCCCCUGCCCUGUCUCCUGGAGCCACGGCGACAGCUUUCACUUCAUCUGUGCUGAACAUCAAUGUUGGAGGCCAAAGCUACCGCCUCACCUAUCAGGCAGUGGCCAUCUAUCCUAAGACCCGCCUGGGCCGCUUGGCUACCUCCACUGACCGUCGCUGCCAGCUGGGCCUGUGUGAUGACUAUGCUGCCCAGGUAGAUGAGUAUUUCUUUGAUCGUGACCCAUCUGUCUUCCAGUUGGUGUACAACUUCUAUGCCUCAGGUGUGCUGCGUGUGCGGGAUGAGCUGUGCCCCCGUAGCUUCCUGGAGGAGCUGAGCUAUUGGGGUGUGCGGCUGAAAUACACACCUCGCUGUUGCCGCAUCUGCUUUGAGGAGCGCCGUGACGAGCUGACUGAGCAGCUGAAGGUCCAGCGUGAGCUGCGCUCCCAGGCAGAGGCUCAAGAAAGCGAGCAACUCUUCCACCACAUGCGCUACUAUGGCCCCCAGCGCUGGCGCCUGUGGAAUCUUAUGGAAAAGCCCUUCUCCUCUGUCACUGCUAAGGUGAUGGCAGUGGCGUCCAGCUUCUUCGUGCUCAUCUCUGUGGUGGCUCUGGCCCUCAACACAGUGGAGGAGAUGCAGCAGGUAGACCGGAAAAGUGGGGAGAGCCGUCCUGUCUUGGAGCACAUUGAGACCCUAUGCAUCGCAUUCUUCACACUGGAGUACCUACUGCGCUUGGUGUCUACCCCAGACCUGCGUCGCUUUGCCAGCAGCGCCCUCAAUGCAGUAGACCUCAUUGCCAUCCUGCCCCUCUACCUGCAGCUGCUGCUCGAAUGCUUUGCUGAUGAUGACCAGCCCAGAGGUCGGGGUUCGCAGCAUGAGCAUGAUAUUGAGAAGGUGGGACGGGUGGGCAAGGUGGGACAAGUGCUUCGCAUCAUGCGUCUCAUGCGCAUCUUCCGCAUCCUCAAGCUGGCCCGCCAUUCCACUGGGCUGCGUGCCUUUGGCUUUACUUUGCGUCAGUGCUACCAGCAGGUGGGCUGCCUUUUGCUCUUCAUUGCCAUGGGCAUCUUCGCUUUCUCUGCUAUGGUCUACACAGUGGAGCACGAUGUUUCCAGUACCAACUUCACCAGCAUUCCCCAUGCUUGGUGGUGGGCUGCCGUCAGCAUCUCCACAGUGGGAUAUGGAGACAUGUGUCCAGAAACUCACCUUGGCCGUCUGUUUGCUUUCCUCUGCAUCGCAUUUGGAAUAAUCCUGAAUGGCAUGCCCAUCUCGAUUCUCUACAACAAAUUCUCGGACUACUACAGCAAGCUGAAGGCCUAUGAGUACACAGCUCUCAAGAAAGAAAGGGGGAAGGUAGACUUCACACGGAGAGCCAUGAAGAAAAUAUCGGAAUGCUGUGGAGAAGGUGCAACCCACCCUUUGACACAGCACUGAUACAGUUUGUGUUGUGGAUACUGGGAGGGAACAGGGAAGCUGAAGGAGAAAGAAGACCAACACAUCAGCCAAGCAAACUCAAAAAAAAUUGUUUUCAAAAUGCAGCCCUGCAAAUUAUUCCUCUUUUCAUACCUAGGCAAGCAAUAUAUUGCUUUUAGUAUUUCCCCCACUACCAUCUCCAUAAUCAUCUUCCAUUAUACCAAGCACUAGAGAAGAAGUCUGGAGCCUGAGUUGAUAAAUGUCACUGAUCAAUUUAAAAAACAUUUCCAAACCAAGCCCUCCUUUAGGUAUAGGAUUAAUAAACUAAAUUUAUUUUAUUGCAUUUAAAGUACCUACUUAUGGAAUUGUUAGAAUAAUAAUAGGACCAUGACAGGUAGUAAGUAUUAGAGCAGCACUUAAAAAAUAAAAAUAAAAUUAAACAUGUGAUGGAUAGUAUGUCCUAAAGACUUUCAUACAAAAGAUCUUACCAGCACUUAAUAUGUAAACAAUUUUAAAUAUAAUUUAAAGUCAAUAUACUUUGUAUAUACAGUCAUUAAGGACAUAGUUCUGACACCUUAGCUCAUCCCCAGUCGUACCUUACUUCUAAAGAUUACUUAGCCUUCUAGCACAGCUGGAUGCAAUUUCACACACAUCAGAAACUCCCCAAAAUCUAUGCAACAGAUAACAACAUCAAUUAAAUUAAAUCAAAUCAGAGUUUCAUACAUUAGUUCAUAGCAUACCAGGAAUUUUCUUUUUACAUAAGAGCAGUCACACUGAUUUAGACAUAGCAAACCAAAUAACAGAUCUGAAAGCAUAGUUAUUAAUAUUAUUGAUACUCAAAUUCAAAUAACAUUAAAAAAGGGUAACAAAAAGAAGCAGCACUCUUACUGCAAAAUGGGCUGAUAGCAGAGACACGUUUUAAAUUUCAUGAACUCUCAAGUUGUGUACACUGCCCUGCUGAAUGCAAAUGGUUGCAUUUAAGUCUCAAAGCCACGCUGGAGACAAUGGUAUUAAGCUCACUCUUGGGAUAGCUGAAGGUGGAAAAUCUCAUUAAUUACACCAACCUUCAUGCAAAUUGUGUCAAGCAUAGGGACACUUCUCCUUUCAGUAGUGAGAAGGCAAUUAGUAACCAAGUUGUUCUUCUCAUUCUCUACCUCCAGACAAACAUAUCACAAGCUCAUCUGUUAUUUUGUUCUUUAGGAAUGACAGUCAGCACAUUGUGUGCUGAUCAGCUCUGUUAAAAGCUAAACCACAUCUCUAGACACAGCUGAGCCCUGGCUGUUGAAAGUUACAGAUGUUUGCUCUUCUGGACUGCACACAAAGCAGCAGGCACAAUCCUGGCACUCACUGAGAAGAAUAACUGCUUUACUUUGGCCCUAGGGAUAGUAUGAAUUUCCAUGGUCCUUCUGCACAGCAACACGGGGAUAAGGAUCUUCCUGAAACCACAGGAAGCCUCUGUCUUAGAGAUCCACUGCAGAUCAGUGAGGUGGCAAGUUACAAGCAUGCAAAAUCACUGUACUUUAUUUUCAACGUGCAGCUUGGGUUAGAGCCUAGAUUAAAAGGACUUAAAUGAUAGUGAUUACUCAACUUUCCAAAAUAUGGUCCGUCCUAAAUUAAUUUUCUUGUCUGAAGGAACCAGUACUUGCAUGUACCAUGCAGAUGGCACGCAGAUGCUCAGCCUUGCAUAGCCAGCUCAGCAACUACUUGCCACCUAGAGAAAUCAAGAACCUCAGUGAUUACUCUGCUGAAGCUGGACUUUCUCAUAGCCUCAGAGUUGACACAAAUCUCCAGCGCUAUCUUCCACCCCAUCUGCCUCACAUGCAGAAGCCAUUCAAGCAGAUAUUCUUCAAGACAUGUAAGGGAAUAGGCUUUCCACACAAAGCACGAGCAGGAGAAAAACAAAUGUUCUCUCUUUUCAUCAGGAGUCAGAAUUCAAUGUCCUUGGCAAGUGCUUUCUUAUCUGUCUAAUGAGAUUCUAAUGCACAAAUCCCAUAAUACUUGCUCUAACCAUUCAAAUACAGCUUGGGGUGGGUCUUUCCCACCCCUCUAGCUGAAGCUGUUCCACCUUGCACUGAGUAAAUAAUGACUCACCAGGUGACAGUAAAACAAAGACUUUACAGCUUGGUGUUUGCAGCACUUGGCUGGGUGGAAAGGUGUAGGUCACAGACCUUGACUCACUGAAAAGCUAUAAAAACAUUCUGACCAAGCAGCAAAAUCUUCCCCAACAUGCAUUCUCCUCUGGCACAAGCAAUCUUUGGUUGAAGUAUUUAGUCCAGAAGGACUUCACAGUCAGUCCGUACACACUGCCGCCACAUAAGGGCAAGACUCCUACUUAAAGCACCCAACAGGCUAAUGGCCACCGGCCAAAUAACUUCCCAACACAAAGAACAAUUUGUGUCACUUCAGGAGAAGAAGACAUUGUAACCAGUACCAGCAGGUCCAGUCUAGGUGCUCUGAGCACUGUGGCCAUCAUACCUUGGGCAGCUCAGCUUACCUAGCGGUUGCUUCACUCUCUUCUUUCUCAACACACUUCUCCCCCUAUUCACUCUGCCAUCCAGUCCCACCACCUCACUGAUGAAAGCCUUCGUACCUUUUUGAUUUCUCGAUGCGUUGGGCCAACAUAAAAGAAGUGACAGUUUUGGUGAGCAGUAUUACAUUCUUGAUUGGUUUGUCACCUAGUUCAAUUCAGAGAGCUCUAACCAAAGCUAAAGUUGAAACAAGACACACACACAGGUUAGUCUGGAGAACAGACCUCUUAAACUAUUAAGCAGAAGACUACAAUAAGUUGCUGGCUUUCUGGUUUAUAAUACCUGGCUUACCUGCCCUAUUGCAUUCAGCAGGUGAACAGGUCCUUAGUGGAGUACAACAUUUUCCAGCAGCUGGUGUUUGGGUUAUUUUUUCGGUCAAAAUAUCAUAAUUUUCUUCUCUGGAUUACCUUAUGCAGCUUUCUGCCUUGUAGCUUAACUAAUCUUAUUUUACGGGUGACAAGUGUAAGUCUGUGCAUUUCAAUAUGAAAGAAUAUGCCUGAAGCUGAGGUACCACUAUACCAGCCAGAUGUCCCAAAUGCCCAAAGCUCUGUCAGUACCAGUGUUUUCUGUGGAAGGCUACUGGCUAAGUCCUCCCACAAGAUUGUCUCCCUUUGUGAGAGCCUGUCUGAUGCUCACACCAUACAAAUCAGAUAGAGGACCUCCAAUCAAACCGGAGAAAUGCAGGAGCUUGUACUCCCACCGAACAAACUCCUGACAACCUGCAGAAGGCUGUGCACACCUGUAUGACCUGGUUUUGAAAUAUAAUGCAGUGGUUUUGCCACUUUUGUUUGGACACAGUGGUUUCUUCUGAGAAGGAUACAGUUAAUUUAUUCUGCUACAUCCACUAUGACUUUCAGUGGCAUCGUCACUGUCCCUAGAUUAUUCAAAUGUAGUCAAAAGGUAUGUAUGAUGACAUCAAAAAAUAAUGCAGGAGAGCCUUGAUUAUCUUGGUUAGUUGAGUGUCAGAGUGCUUCUACUAUCAAAAGUUUUCUAAAUAACCACAUUAAGGAAAAUUAUGUUUAAACACAAUGAGGAUGGGCAAAACUAUUAAAGCUAAAGUAGAAAGGGCAUGUUUUAUGAGUUGUUAAUUUGACAUAGCUAAGAUUUUGAGGAAACAGCAUGGAAGAUUUCUCAAACCACUGAGAAAUUAGAAACCUCUCUGAAUGCUAAGUCUUCUAUUUUAUCUCAACACAGAUAUCGAUAAGCCCCAGAGGGAGAAAGAAAAUGCAUUCUAUCACUAUGUUUUGCUACGGACUUGGUAAACAUUGUCUCUGGUAGAUACAGAAGCCAGCUUAUCUAGAUAGCCUGGCUUCAUUUUAGGACAACUAAGUGUUGUUUCUUCUAUUCAUGUUAGGCCUGGGAAUUAUUGGGAAGAAAAAGAAAAAAUCAAAAAGGAAAGAAAAAAGAAAUAGCAGUGGGGGUGGUAGAAAUUUAAAGUCUGUCCCUACAUGAGACAGUGGAAAGAAUUCCAAUUAGAAUAUGCUUUUGCACAAAUCCUUGUCUUAGAAGAAAAUCAUUUCUUCAAUGCAGUUGAGCAGCUGUUUGCUUUUCUCAUUCAGAAAAAUAGCACUUAAAGGAGUAGCUACAGUGCAGCCACAGAUUACUAGGCAUCUGGUGCUGUUCCCAGGCUUCCAAGGCAAACAGUAAUAGUCAGUCUUUAAAUAUGUAUAAUUUUAAAGGUUAUAAACUAGAUGUCCUUCAAAGUUUUCAGAGAAUAAUAAUAGGUAUCAAUAAGCUUAAGAAAGAAAAGUUGUGUCCUUCCUUGAAAAAUAUCUUCAACUGUUUAGAAUAUUUUGUUUUCAUGUUAUGUAAAAAUACUUGACUCAUGCUUAUCUGCUAUUUACAAAACCUUUGUUAACUUCUUUAUUCAGUAGUAAAGAAAUUACAUGGCAUUUGACUGUAAUCCAGCUCUUGAUCUUGGAUUCAAAAAAAAGAAAAGGUCAGAGGUACUAGAUUUUUAUGUACUUAGGUAAUUUAAUGGAAAUAUGCUGAGAAAAGCUAAAGCAUUCUACAGGUAGCUCUUGAGAUAGAGAUUAUCAAGUUUUUUAAAUAAAAUUUGUCAGAGUCUAAUUCUACUCUGUAAAAUGACUCCGCACCGUCAUUUUAACUCCCAAAGCAGACUUGCUCCAUUUACAAGCAUUUCCCCUCUAUUAAUAAGGAGAUGAAUAAGUCCUAUACUUAAAAGUCAGUCUCUUGCUACCACUAAUAACUUCUUCAGGCCACCACAUACCCAUGCAAUACUAUUUCCUCCACUGAUUCUGGCAGAGGAAACUGCCUGAAAACCAAUUCUACUACCAGCUAGCAGAAAAGGCAGAAACUGCUUUGGCUGCAGAGCUAACGUAGCUCUACAUGGCUAAAACCAGCUAGCACUGUCACCAAAAAUGUCUGUCUGCAGAGGAAUUUUUCAACAUCCAUAUAAGAACAGCCUUGGUCUACAGGACACUUGCAAUUCCGUACUUUUCUUGCCAGAAACCAAAUAUGGAGGACUGCAAACGAAUGCAACAGCCUACGCAUAAAAAAAAAGGCUGGGUUCUGAGAUGAAGACUUUGUGACCAAGCCCUGACAUGAGCCAGAUCCACAUCGACAUCAAAGGGACUCCAUGCUCCUUAAGUCUGCUUCAGUCAAUGGUUAAGGCUCAGAUUGGUAUGGCUACCAAAUAAUUUAACAUCCAAAUAUUCCUUUCGGAUAAACAAACAGAGGUGAGUGGAAGAAACAACAGGAAAAAUAAUGAAAUCACACACAGGUUGUGAAAGCACAUUCUGCUGUGGUGAAGCCCUCAACGCCCUUAAGGCAGGGCAAGAUAGCUGGGUGUCCCUGUGGAAAAUACAGUCCCUUGCACGGAAAAUUGUUCACUGCUGCCGCCCAGAGGAUACAGGUGCCAGAUUCUCCUUGCCUGCCACCAGCUAUGUUAUAAGAGCUAGCUAGCUCUGUUGGAUCAUCUCCAGGUGCAGAGUGUACCAAAAGUCCUGUCAGCAAAAGUGCAUACUGUAACGUAAAAUCUAAUCUGUACUGCAAAAUCUGUAUCAUCAUCACUACGGACUAAAUGAACCUUCAAUUUACUGCUGAAUUAAUUACACUGAAGAUUGAUUUUCCUAUUCCUUUUGUUUCUAAAUCACAGCUCCAAUGCCCAAAAUGUUCCCUAGAAGUCACUACAAAAAAAAAAGAAGUGAUUCUAGGCAGAUCUGAAUGAUGUCAGAAUAUGUUUAAUAAUCAGUUUCCGUAUUUCUAGGACAGUUUAAGCAAACAAAAAUACCAUCACUUCACAGCAUAAAAUUAGUCAGAGAACAUGAAAGUUCAAGAUGAAGUUACCUUAACUGUAGGUUGAAUAGAUUUUUUUAGGUCAGUAGCAAAUGUUGUCCAGACUUUAAUGACAGGAUUUAACGUAAGCAACCAAAGCAAAACUUCGCUUUGAGGCAUGGCAGGCUUAAAAUAAUGCUGAUUUUUUGGGUCUAUUUUUCCAUGUAGUACAAUGCAUGUUCCUCUAAAUCUCCAUGUAAUGAAGAGAGAACGGUGCCAUUUUAUACACAAAUUUGAAGCACAAGUUUGAUGAUAUUGUUCAGCCAACACAGAUAAUCAAUUUCAUCCCCUGCAAAGCAAAGGUCUGCUCCUGGCAAAUGCCAGUCCUCUCACUGCCUUGUCGUGCAAUGCUGCUUAGCUGUGCUCUCAUCUUCAAGUGGGUUUCCCUUUUGCUUAGUGAAUGUUAUUGGCUCACUAACAGAAAUAAAUCCAACACCACACCCAAGUCUCUAAGUGGUUUGUGAACUGAAUCAGCUUAGUGAAUAGCCUGGCAAAUGCCAGAGCCACUGUGAGGAGAGGGAUGCAGCAUCUUCUGUUUAGAGGCAUCAGGAAGAACAGUACUGACUCACAUUGCAGUAGGCAAACUGUUGGAUUCAAAAUCCCAUUUAUUAGAUCACAUGAGGGGCUGGAGGAGAAGAGAGAAAGAUGCAGAAGGUUUUAAACAUGCUUUUCCUGCCCUACCUCCUUCCACCAACAUCCACCACUCUUACACAGCUGUAAUACCACUGUUACUCUUGCAUCAUCCCACUGCAAUUUGCUUUGGCAAUUCUUUUUUUCAAAGGCAUCUUUCCUUCUGCGGCAAACUCUUUUCAUCCAAUCCCUUCCCCUUCAGAAAUCUGCAAAUACCUACUGGCUUACUUCUUUAGUUUAUUAGUACUGCACAGGAGAUCACUUCCUUAUACAUUUGCCUUCUCUCUGUGUUCCUGUCUGCACAGACUGUCAUUUCCAUUCUUUUUUCAAAUUCUACCACCAAAAUCACACUCCAAACAAGUCAGACACACUGUGUGUGAUAAAGCACACUGUUACAGGUGCAGAACCACUACAUUAGUGCCUCAUCCUAAGGCACUUCACAUACCUGCCUGAAAACAGAUUUUCAUGUUUUCUGUCCCUGGUCAAUCAUAUAGAAUCCCGAUCAAAACAGGUGUCAGUCCAGUGCUAAUAUAACACCCACCCUUUGCAAAUACAAAAUGCUUAGUGCAUCUUUCAUAUCCUUUACUCUCUGCUCUCUUUUUACUAAGAAAAUAAUCUAAAAGUAAGCUUGCUUAAUUAAACUUUAACAUUGCUUAUAGUGUUUCAUUUUCACUAAACCACCACCCUUUAUACAGGAAGCCAGUUAAAAAACAACAGCAAUAUAAAAAAUGUUCGUAGGCAUUGUGACCCUGCACAAGUUACUUAUCAGAAAGCAAGGCUUACACAUUGCACCAAUAGGUGUGAGCAGCACUGCACUACCCAAGAGCACACAAUGCAUGCACAAUUUUUCCAUCUCAGUGCGUCACACCAAGAUUAAAGGACGAAUCAAGACCAAUGGUAGAUACUAGAAGUGCACCUGAAGGAGAAGAAAAUGGGCAAUUUGAGAUGCACUGUUAUAGCGCUUAUUCCAUUUGCUCUGUCAGUAACUCUUUUCAACUCAAGGACUGGCUCCAAUGUGCACUUCCAAGCAGCAAACUAAAGAGGUAAAUGCUCAGACAGUGCAAAGCUGAUCACCAUUUGUAAAGCAAAGGUCCCCCAACUUGGGCAUGAUGCUGUGUGAAAAUAUGGAAUGCAUUAAGUUUGGCAUCUGUCAUUGAUGAGAACAUUUUAAAGGAAGUCAGACAGGCUGGGCAGCAACACCAAUUCUGGAACACAGACCCCAGUUAUCUCCCUUGUGCCUGGACCAUGGCUAAUAAAGAACCGUGAAAUUUGACAUGUAAAAUUGGAAGUUCAACCAUUUUUAAUCUUUUGAAAAGAAAUAAUUUAGACAUUUAUCAAACAUGUCUUUAAACUUCUUAAAAAGAACUGUCUGUUCUUUUCACUGCCCAGUAUCAAAAGAAUUGGAGUUGAAACAGGCUCUAAAUAUUCCAUCCCUUCAGAUAAACAGAGAAAAAAAAAUGGAAAAAAAUACUUCAGCAGAAAAACUUGUGGCACUUAUUUGUAAAACAGUCUCUGAAAGUAUUUCAGCCAUAAGAAUUAUUUUGAUUGCCAUGAAAACUGGUGCUUCACAUGGCGAAGAUGACCUAAAAGCAAGUGUUGUGGCCUCUGAUAUUCUUCAUCUAACCACUCACUGGGAGCCAGAACUUUAACCAAUGCAUCCUAUUGAUUGAAUUCACAUAUUCCCUUUAUUACCUUUUUUCCACAAAAAAAAGUUUAUCAGGAACACUUAUAAAUCAGUACAUCUUUAAAAUUAAAAGCCCUAAUAUUUUUAUUUGCUUCAGAAAUAUUUUGUUUGCAUCUGUUACACAGAGGAAAACCUCAUGAUUGCCCUGACCCAAGUGUAGGACCUUGCACUUAGCCUUGUUGAACCUCAUGAGGUCUACAUCUCAACUGACUGUCCACCCCCCAAUUUCUGCUACGUAAAGUGAGAGAGGUAUUGGCUCUGGAUGGUCUAGGGGACAGUCACUUCACCUCUGAAUGAUGGCUUUAAAACAACAGCUCCAUAAUUCCUGCAACAGCCAGUGGCACAGACACAGACACUUACUGGCUGCAUGAGCACUCCCACUGUCCUCUUGGCAAUAAAAAAAAUACCACUAGCUAUAUUAAAAUGUUAGCAAUAAUUGAAGCAGUUUGGAUAAUCUGAAGAAGGCAAAAGUCCUUGCCCAGUGCAUUUCAAACAAAAGAAUGACACGCUGAAAAAAAUACUUUUGUUUCAGAGGUUUUCAAACAAUUUAUCUCUCAGCCUUUACAAGGUCACAGGGAGACCCACAGCAGACUAGGGUACAGCACCACAUCCAACCAACUUUUUCAGUUCAAAAAAUAAGUAUGCUCUGUCUACUAAAACAGUCUUUAAUAAUCUCCUUUUCUCCCUCUUUCCAUUAGGCUAUUUAAGAAUUUAGUUUCAACUGACAUUAAAGACAUACCUUGACCAUGAAGUUUACAUUCUAUCCCUGAUAAGGAAAUUGUGGCAUCUUGAGCAUAACCUUAACUGAUGUCUACUUAAUUAAGAGUGGCAUUUCUCAAACUGUGCUAAGGAAAAUUAAGCCAGUCACUUCAAGUUACUACACAUAAUUUAUAAUAAUCAUAUACAGUCUCAAAAAAUGCAAAUAAACUGCCUAGUAGACAUUCAAUUAAAACAACCAGAAUUGAAGCACACAAUCAAAGCAGCAAAUCGGAUUCAUGUAAGUAGACAUUCUUACACAGCUUUUUGCUAUUCAGUCUAUUAAUAUCUAUCUGUAGCUAUGACUUACUUUCACUGCCCCCUUUAAUUCUCUUGAUUGGAAACAUGUCUCAUGUCUGUGCUGGAUUCUAAGCAUUAGUUUAUUCCUCUCAAUAACCUGAAAAUUCAGAAGGGAUGUAUCAGAUUUUCUUUUUUCUCACUGUUUCAGUCUACCAAUUAUUUAGUCACAAAUCUAUUGCAUAUUUCAUUCACACUGGGUUUAUUUGGCAGUAACUGGGACUUCUUGAGAAGGUCACUACAGUCUACAUUCAUUAUCUGUUGCUAAUUAAAAUGAUCUGUUUUACUGUCACAAAAGAAAAUCCUGUUACAGAAACUAAUGAUCUGCAACCUUAGGUAACUGAGAUGUGUUUACAAGCUUGAAUACUUAAUGCCAGUGUCAAUCAGGUCUAAAUGGGAUUAACCUUUAUGUACUUACUACUACUCAUAAGCUUAGGUGGAAUUCGAGUUAAGCACAGUCAGCAAAGUAUCAGUACAUUAACAGAUACCAACAGAACCAAACAAUGUUAGAAACACUUCUGACUAUAACAUUCAUGUAUUGCUUAAAUUGACUUCCGUAAACUAUGAAUUACAAUUGGGUUUAAGAUUUUUUUUAAAAAAAAUUGCCUAUUCAGGUAUCUUGCAAUUUUUUUUAUACUACAAAAAGUUCCCCCUAGACAGGGCCUGCAAGAAGCAAGAGAUUACUUAUUAAGACAAAACAACGUAUUCCAUUGCUUUGGAUAAAAUAUUUAUACUUAAACAUAUUCAUCUAAACAAUGCACUUAACAAUUCCAGCCCCGUACACAUACAGGUGCUCUCUAGAAAACCCAAGUGUUUUAGCUCAUGCUAAGCAUGCAAACCUGAUUCUCAAACUGGGUAAUCUGAUUUUCAUAGAUGCUGAGCACUGCAGUUCCUGAUGUACUGUAGUAGUAGUUGUGGAUCAUCACAACCUCUAACAACUGCAGUAGUUUAGGAGACUGAUUUGAGUUUGAAAAAUAAAGUAACUUAAGCCAGUUUACUAAACCACUGGCAACUUCCAAUUUGCUCUAUUUUAGGACAAAUAAUGGCUAAUUAUCUGCUACUAAAAAUGAAGCUACAUCCAAGCAACAGUAAAGCGUGACUCCUACAGUUCGAGAUUUAAUUAAUCUGGUCCUCUGGAUCAGUCUAUCUGCAUGUAUUAAUCUCCACCACGUUGUUGUAUGCGUGCAAGUACGUAAUCUACACCAAUGCAUGCAGCAUGGGCAAUUAAUAAGAGGUAUUAGAAGUUACUGUAAGGCAGGAUUAUGAUAUACUUGCCAUCACAGAAAUGUGGUGGGAUGACUCACAGAACUGGAGUGCUGAUAUGGAAGCCUAUAGACUCUUCAGACAGGACUGGGGAGGAAGGAGAGGCAGUGGAGUAGCCCUGUAUCUUAGACAGAGUUUCGACAGCCUCAAACUCAUUGGUGGUGAUGACAGUUUUGAAUGUCUGUGGGUGAAAUCAGAAGUGCACCUAAUCAGGCAGAGAUUGCGGUGGAAUCUGCUACAGACCACCCCGCGACAAUGAGGAGGCCGACGAGUUAUUCUACAAGCAACUGGGAGAAGUCUCACGAUUGCUAGCCCUUGUCCUUGUGGGAGACUUCAACUUACCAGAUGUCUGCUGGAUGUACGAUAGAGUAGAGGAAAGUCUAGGAGAUUUCUGGAGUGCGUGGAAGACAACUUCCUGACACAACUGGUGAGCAAACCAAUGAGGGAAGGUGCCCUGAUAGACCUGCUGUUUGUGAACAGAGAGGCAGUUGUGGGAGAUUUGACAGUUGGAGUACGCCUAGAGCAUAGCAAGCACAAGAUGAUAGCAUUCUCAGUUCUAGAAGAAGCAGGGGUGAGAGUCAGUAGAACAGUCUGGAGGGCAGACUUUGGUCUGUUCAGAAGCCUGGUCAAUAAAGUUAAUGGGAUACAGUCUGUAAGGGCAAAGGAGUCCAUAAGCGCUGGAUGUUCUUUAAGAACAAAUUCCUCGUCCUUGUGUGCUGGGAAAUGAGCUGUCAGGGAAGAAAACCAUCUUGGCUAAGCAGAGAACUCUGGGUGGAAAUCAGGAAAAAGAGGAAAAUAUAUGGGCUUUGGAAGAAGGGGCAGGCAUCUUUUGAGGACUACAGAGAUUAAGUGAGAUCUUGUAGAGAUAAAAUCAGAAGGGCUAAAGACCAACCAGAACUUAGAUUGGCCCGUUCUGUGAAACAUAAUAAAAAAUCCUUCUAUAAGUACAUCAACAACAAAAUGAGGGCCAGGGAGAAUCUCCAUCCUUUACUGGAUGUAGGGGGAAAAAUAGAGACAAAGGAUGAGGAUAAGGAUGAGGUACUUAAUUCCUUCUUUGCCUCCGUCUUUAAUAGUCAGGUGAGAUGUUCCCUGGGUACUUGACCUCGCUAACCAGUAGACAGGGAGGGAGAGCAGAACAAAGCUCCCUGAAUCCAAGAGGAAAUGGUUAGAGAUCUGCUCGGCAAAUUAGACAUUCAGGACUAUGGAGCCGGAUGGGACUCACCAAAGGUAUUAAGGGAGCUGGACGAGGGGUUUGCCAAACCUCUUUCCAUCAUCUACCAGCAGUCCUGGCUGACUGGGGAAGUUCCAUUGGACUGGAGACUGGUAGAUAUUACAUCCAUUUACAAGAAGCACCGGAGAGAGGAUCCAGGGAACUACAGACCUGUCAGUCUGACCUCAGUGCCAGGGAAGGUCAUGGGGCAGGUCAUCUUGGUGAGGCUACACCUUAAAUCCUGUGUUCAGUUUUGAGCCCCUCACUACAAGAAAGACACUGAGGUCCUGGAGCAUGUCCUGAGAAGAGCAACGAAGCUGGUGAAGGGGCUGGAGAACAAGUCUUUUGAGGUGCAUCUGAAGGAACUGGGGUUUUUUAGCCCGGAGGAGGCUGAGGGGAGACUUUAUCACUCUACAACUACCUGAAAGGAGGGUGUAGUGAAGCAGGUGUUGGUCUCUUCUCCCAAGUGAUAGGUGAUACGAUGAGAGGGAAUGGCUUCAAGCUGCGUCAGGGGACGUUUGGAUUGGACAUUAGGAAAAAUUUCUUCACAGAAAGGGUCAUCAAGUACUGGAACAGGCUGCCCAGGUUAGUGGUUGAGUCGCCAUACCUGGAGGUAUUUAGAAGGCAGGUAGACUAAGUGCUUAGGGAUAUGAUUUUGUAGGGGACAGGUACAGCUGGAACUGAUGAUCUCAAAGGUCUUUUCCAACCUAAUGAUUCCAUGCCUUACCAAGAAAGUUGUGUUUUGUUUUCCUUGCUAAAAUGAGAAAAUAUAAUAUUGGCAGGGUUUUUCUAGAUCAAAAAAGGGUAGAAUAGAAAUCAACAGACUUUUUUGAUACCAUGCAGAUGUAAACUCAUCUCGCCUCUACUACAAGACCCCCAUCCCCCAAUUUCCUCUGGUUUUUAGGGCUUAGAAGUCUGUACUUUUCAGAAGACUCUAAGAAAAACAAAAUCAAAGUGUGGUCCAUUGAAACAGUCAGCCUCUCCCUCAUGACUUUCUUCGAAAAAAGUCAGAGACACUAUUUACAUUCUACUCUUAUCAGUUCCUGAAGGAUGAUAGCCUCCUUCACAGUUUCACAGGGUAAGAAUGAGACUUGAGUUGUUUUUUCUGCUUUGUUUUCUGAGGAAGCCCGAACAGAAGGGGAUUAAGAACAAAUGUAUUUGCCAAAUACACAAGAAUAUCUCUGAACAGAUGCUUCUGUUUCUAUAGUAACUAUGAUAACUUACAUGCAAAUUUUAAUAAGACCCAAAACAUUUUUGUGCAAGUUAUCAGGAAACAUUUAACUUCUCAAUGACGAGCUCAGAAGUUUCCACUAGCUCUUAAAUCUUCUUGAUAUUCCAGUCUUUGAGAACCAUU